AUGACUACCGUGUACACCCACUUGCAGCAGCAGGAGGAACUGGCGGCACUCUUCCACCGCAACCUCACGUUGGGCCCUGUUUCUCAGCCCAUGCCCGCUCCUGAACCCGCACCAGCCCCGGUGGAAGAACCUGAGAAGGAGCACAAGAUCGUCUACAUCUCACAGCAUUACACCCACUCAGCCCACGUCGCGAAGCCGGAUACCCAGCAGCAACAUCAACAGCCGCCUCGUCCCGCAUCAGAGCCGCCCCAAAGUGAGUAUGCCGCCGUGGAGCAGGUACUCCGCGAACACAGCGUCGACACCUCCGGUCUCUCCGCCGCCCAACUUGAGCUGUUCAAGACCGUCGACACACCCGAAAAGCUACGCCUAAUGGAGCUCUGGCGGGCCUGCCCACCACGCAAUAGCACGGAUAACCCGACCCUGACAUGGAGCAUGACAUCCGUGGAACAGGAAGAGACCCUCGCCCGGCUACGCUUCGAACAACAACAGCAAGACCUGAUCGACCAGCAGCUCCAACAAGAAUUCGGCAUGAUGCAGGACGAACCAGAACCAGAACCCGAGACAGUCAUGUCGCUGGAUGGCACGCCGCUGACACCGAUCCAAGCGGGCGAUGGACGGUGGAUCUCGAUCGCCUCGCCGAGCAGCACACCAUACCAGCCACCAACCCAUCACCAGGAUGCAGACAUGGAGCCGUACAUGGCGUCGGGAUAUGAGGAGAUGGCUCGCCGUGAGUACGAAGACUCCGUGCGCCGGGCGUAUGCUGAGGCUGCGGCCAUACCGCCGUUCAACAAGCAGAUGACCAUCUCCGCUGGGUGUUUCACCCGGACUUUUAACUCGUCCCACGCCGACCCUGUGUACAAGACGACAAAUGUUGGGGCGGGUAUGGAUUGGGGGAGGCAGGCGGCGAUGGAGGAUCAGUACGGGAGAGCGAUGGCAAUGAGGGAAGAUGAGGAGAUGCUUUGA